UUGCCAGUCUUGGCUGCCCCCAGGCCUGGCUGUGAGUCUGGAGUCGGGUGAAGGAGCUCCGCCUUCGGGGGGGGGGGGUUCCCCGACGUGGGAGCUGGGCGCAGCGCAGGCUCCCCGAACCUCAGGCAGUCGGGGUGAAGAAUCGAAAGCAAGCGGAUCAGCUGGAUGUGGCCUGGCAACCACAAGCUCCGCAGAGUCCGGAGAUGAGGCGAAGCUUCGGACCCCUGUCCCUAGCGCUCUUUCUCUUCUUGCUGGCUGUGCUGACCCAGCCAGGUGAUGGCAACCAGGGCAGUGUCACUGGAAGCUGUUCCUGUAAUAAGAGGAUUCCUUCUGGUGUCCCGGUACCUGCUGAUACCUUGACUUAUAUCCGAAAACAGCUGACAGCGUAUGACCGCUGUCCAUUCUUUACCAGGUUCCACUUAAAGUCCAUAAGUGUGUGUGGGAGAAGCCAAGACCAGUGGGUCGGUGAAUUGAUAAGCUGCUUUGAGAACAAAGAGUGUGGAAAUGGCCAUGGGAAGAGUCUCCACCACCAGGAGCAUUCGCCUCGUGCUAGCACCCAGAUCCCCAAGGCCACAGAGGGGACGCCUGCAGACACAAGCACCCCUGCACAGAUUCGGAGUACCCAGCAGUCCACUUUUCCAUCUGGGGCACUGUCCUUGAACGAAAAGCUCCCCCACCACAGUGAAACCACUGCUGUCACGUCAGGCUGCAAAACCACUGCUGUCACGUCAGGCUACGAUCCAGAAGCUAGACCUGAGGCUGAGGCAAAUAAAAAUCAGCAAGAGGACAAACAACAAAAAGAAAAACCAGAAGCUUCAGCUGACACAUCAGCCUUGGUACCAGUGCUGUCCCUCUUGGUCAUUGUUUUCCUUCUCACAGCAGCCAUAGUCUAUAUGCUGUGCAACAGGAGGAGAGGGAGACAGCAGAGCUCUGCAGAUCUACAGCUCCAUUACGCACCUGUAAACCAAGACUCCAGGGCCUGAAGCAAUAAUGGGAGCUUGUGAGAAGGCUUGGGAGAUGGCAGUAGACUGUGCUCCAUCAAUAAACUGUCCCUUCGAUCAUACAAAGUACUCAUCUCAUAAUCCAGGACAGUUUAGAGUUACCAAUUCUCUGCCUCUUCCUCUAGGUUCUGGGAUCACAGACGUUCCCUGUGUCAGCCCUAAUUUUCCUAUGUAAAUAAUGUUGCCUCAAAUUCUUUUGUAUCUGAGGAUGACUACUGAGUCUCCUGUCUCCACUUCCAUAGUGCUGGGAUUACAUACUUGCAAACAUUUUUUUUUUUUUACAGGAUUUCACUAUUCAGCCCUGGCUGUCAUAAAACUCAGAAAUAUCUGCCUGCCUUUACAGUGUUGGGAUUAAAGGACUGCACUUGGCCCUUGA